AAGCGCCACUUAGCCUCUUCUGGCAAGCCUCAUCUUAAAAUUGGCGAGCCAAACUAUCAUUCCGCCGCUCAAGACCCAUCCUGUGGCUCUCCCUCUUCCCCGACCGAAAAGUUUCCACACUCCUCCAGUGUCAGCCAGUCCAAUCACGUCAGACGAAUUACUUCUGCUUCAGCAUCCACAGCUGAUAUUAAUUCCGGAAAGUUGAGUAUCAUUUACCGCAAGCCGAGCUUUGGUUAUGUCAGGCGGUCCUUCGGCCAGGGCUAUUCUUUGUUGUAUCAAGUGAGAAGUUUAUGUGCCCGCAUCGACUGGGCCUGGCUCACAUUGCUGCUUAUAACCCUGGUUUUUAUAGUAUGCCUUUGGACGAUACACCUUCGUUUUGGCGUAUUAGACAAUCUGGCUAAGCAACUACUCGCCCACGAUUCCCGUAUCUCUGCUGCUAAACGUUGGGGCCCCACCGAUGGAUGUAAUAUUUCGCCUAGUCAAUGCACCUCUUCUUUGUUUUCGUCACUUGCUCGUUUAGCUCCAGACGCAACAGACUAUCCUCCUGUUCACCCCCUUCCUUCUGCAUCCAAUCAUCGGCACUACCAAGGCCUUCGAAAUCAGGAGAAACAUCAAUCUAUAAAACCUUCAUUUCCGUCCAAGGCAGCUAUCGAGCCUUCUAUACUCGAGUCCCUCCUUUUCCAGAAUUCCGGCAAACUCGAUCUUUUGCUGGCUGAUCUCGGCCAAUUGCACAUGGAAUUUUCAGGCCACCCAAUUCUGAAAAAUUGUCCGAGUUUGCCUAUUUUUCGCGGCUUGAAUGAUAAGUCGCCAGAAUACGCAGAAGCUGUCCUAAAAUCCUCUAGGCCAGACGCGGCUGUAUAUUCUGAUUUUGAAGAAAUGAGUCGUCUCCUCAUUGAGGUGUGA